AUGGACACCGGAAAUUAUCGAAUUAUUAAUCAAGAUAUGAUGAAACUCGAGAAAUUUGACAGGUCUAGUUACACUCGUUGGACGGACAAAGUCAAGUUCAUGUUGAUGGUGGUGAAACUCUAUUAUGUUAUGGACCCAAGCCUCCCACCUAUUCCCGAAAAGCUGGUCCCUAAACCAAGGAAAGAACCGGAUAGACAAAGAGUUGCCGAUCUAGAAAAACUGAAAAUGAUUCGCAAUGAAGAGAAAACUCUUGCUUGUAGACAUAUAAAGAAUGUUUUGUCAAAUCGUCUGUAUGAUCUGUAUUCCCUGAUUACUUGCCCUAGAGAGUUGUGGAAGACAUUAGAAUUCAAAUACAAGUCACAAGAAGAUGACACUAACAAAUAUCUUGUGUCUCAGUAUUUAAGAUUUCAAAUGAUUGAUGAAAAAGCAAUUCUAGAGCAAGUGCAUGAGCUCCAAGUUUUAAUGAACAAACUGAAGAUGUUUUCUAUUGUUAUUCCUGAAAUUUUCCAAGUAGGGGCGGUGAUAGAUAAACUGCCUCCAUCUUGGAAAGAUUAUUCUAAAAAAAUGAUGCGCAAAACCGAAGAUUAUUCUUUGGAUGAUUUGCUAAAACAUCUUCGAAUCUAG